CAAUCUCAGCCGAAGGGCGAGUGUGUAGGAGAACAACCAUAGACUAGCCAAGCCCCUGUUCCUCUUGCCUCGGGCUACUGUGACGUAACCAUUAUGACGCCAAGAAGAAGAAGCGCAACUCUCACGAAUUUCAUGAGACUCUGGGUGUAUUUGGAGGGAAAAUCUAGCCACAUUUCCUCAUCCGUUUGUAGCAACUGGAGGAAGAGUCUGCUGAGGCACCGCCGCUGACAGGCUCUCUGUCACAAAUUAAUUUCCCUGAAAUGUUUGAGAAUAUCCCGUUUACUUGCCCAAUCCAAAUUCAGAUUUUCCUGAAAUAUCUGCUUUGGAAGGGUCUUUUUCUCCCAGCUUGAGAACAACUCUGAAGAUACAUACACACAAAUAAUAAUAAUAAUAAUAAUAAUAAUAAUAAUAAUAAUAAUAAUAAUAUGUAAUAAUAAUAAUAAAUUAAAAUAUUAUUAUUGUUUACACAGUCAGACAGGUGUUAUUGACUGGUUUGUUUUAUCCAUACAUCAAGUCCUUCCCAAGGACCUGGGAUGGCUGAAUUUUAUUAUCAGUGUUGUUUCUGUUAUUAUUAUAGAUAUCGUCGCAGAAUAUAGGCUGUUCCCAGUAAAGCUGCUUUUUGUAAUUGGAUUAUUAUUAUUAUUAUUAUUUCUCUGCAUAAACCGCCCUGAGUCAUUUUUAUAAGGGCCAUAUAGAAAUCAAAUAAAUAAAUAAGCAUACACUUGUACUUUCCUUUAAUUCUUUUUUUUUUUUGCCUUAUACUUUUUAUUCAAUUUUCACAACACAAUAGGACAAACACAAAUGAUACAAGCACUCACAAACACACACAAUAAUAAAGACUUCCAUCUCAUCAUUGGAACAAGUGUUGUUAACAAUAACCGGAUCUUGCCUAUAGAUUAAACAUUCUCUCCCCAAUAGUUCAUAUAGAAAACAGAUUUGGGGUGUUUUUGAAACAUUUGUUGUUAGCCCUCAAAAGCCUGACAAAAAUCCAUUUUGUGAUAUAUUUUUAAAUAGACAAGAAGAGGAUCCCAUUCUUUUUUAAAAUCUUCAAAUUUAUUUCUUAGCAGUGAUGUUAAUUUCGCCAUUUCUGCCAAUUCUAGUACUUUAAGAAUCCAAUCCUCUUUAGACGGGCAUUGACUGUCUUUCCAUUUGCGCGCAAAUGUCAGUCUUGCUGCUGCUGUCAAGUACAUGAAGAGGAUCCAAUAUUUCCUCGGGAGAGCAUUGUUAUCAAUACCUAAUAGUAUUGAUUCUGGACUCUUGGGAAAAGUCAUUUUGAAUACUUUUUAAAUCUCGUUAUAUAUUAAGUCCCAAUAACCUCUUGAUUUAUUGCAUGUCCACCAUAAAUGUAUAUAGGAACCCUCUUCUUUCUUACAUUUCCAACAUUUAUUUGACAUAUUCUUGUAGAUUACGGCCAGCUUUUUGGCCUUUAAUUCAAUGGGAUAGCUACUACACAAAAAUCUGUACUCUGAUUUCCACCCCUCCCCCACCCCCACACAAACAAAAGAGUAAGUUGUGCCAAGUUAUGAAUGUUGUUAAUGUAGGAUGGAACACAAAAUAACAAUAUAUACAUAGAAAUGGUUCAUAGUACAUUCCGUGACAAAACGUAGGCAUUACACUUGGGUAGUCAGAUUCAAUCAAAUAUGCCUACUUUCCUUUCACUAUCCCUACAACUGGACUAAAUUUGGUCCAAAUUGGUUAGGCAGUUUGCAAGUUAGCCCAAUUGCAUCUCAAAUGUUCAUGUGUCCGCCAUCUUAAAGUGGGGUGGAUGACAUCGCAAACCAUUGAGGUGUCCCUGUGUGUCACUCACUACAACUGUGCCAAAUGUGGUUCAAAUCGGCUAGGUGCCAGCCCAUAAGUUGGCCCUCUCUAUUGGUGUCCCUAUAGUUGUAGCAAAUUUGGUUCAAAUCAGUUAGGCGGUUCUCAAGUUAGCCCAAUUGUGCCUCAAACGUUUACAUGUACACCAUCUUGAAUUGGGGUGGAUGACAUCAUCACAAACGACGCUGUUGAGUUGUUCCUAUGUGUUCCUACAACUGUACCUGAUUUGUUUCAAAUUGGUCCAGGCAUUGUGAAAUUGAUAGGAAUGGACUCUCUCUCUCUCUCUCUCUCUCUCUCUCUCUCUCACACACACACACACACACACACACACACACACAAUGCCAGAGUGGUGUAGUGGUUAGAGUGCUGGACUAGGACCGGGGAGACCCGAGUUCAAAUCCCCAUUCAGCCAUGAUACUAGCUGGGUGACUCUGGGCCAGUCACUUCUCUCUCAGCCUAACCUACUUCACAGGGUUGUUGUGAGGAGAAGAAACUCAAGUAUGUAGUACACCUCUCUGGGCUCCUUGGAGGAAGAGCGGGAUAUAAAUGUAAUCAUAAUGAUGAUGAUGAUGAUGGGUGAUCUCAUAAGCCUACAGGAAAGAAGGCUAAAAAGGGGAGGAAAUGCUCCAUUCUCUUAGCAUCCUUGUUCUGAGUACAAAAGGGUGGUUAACUAGUAUUAUUUUAUUUUAUGUUUAUCCUACUCUUUCUCCAAGGAGUGCAGAGCAGCGUACAAAGUUAUCCUCCACUUAUGUUAUCCUCACAACAACCCUGUGAGGUAGGUUAGGGUGGGAGACAUGUGCUUGUGGGGGCAAAAGGGGGCACCCCCCCAUCGAGCCAAUUCCCAUUUAACUCAAUAGGGCAUCCUCCCAGCGUGUGUGUGUGUGUGGGGGGGGGUUAUUGGACUGCUGAUUCCCCCCCUUGCCCGAAAAUGUCCUGUGGAGUCCCCUGCUGGGAAAUAGUGGCUGGCCCAAGGUUACCCAGUGAGCUUCAUGGCUAAGGGGAGGGGGAGUUCUGGUUUCCCCAAUCCAAGUCUGGGUCCAUACUGGCUCUGUAUUAGGGAGUAAGUAGAAUUGCCAAAAAUGGUCUAGCACACAGUUUCUCAACCACUGGUCCCUGGACCGCUGCUAGUCCGCGAAGGGUUGAGUGCCAGUCCAUGACUGGGAGUCAACCGCACUCCCCCAAACAACUGCAAUCAAGGCACUCACUCGCUUCCUCAAUUUUGCACAUGGCACGGAAGAGGAAGAGUAGUAGUAUCACAGAGGCACGGGACCCUGCUUCCGCCUUGCCUCCACGUGCUGCUGAGAUCUUCCUACAGCUAUCUUAUUCCCUAUCUUUACAGCUUCAAACUGUAUGCGGCACGGGGGCAUUGAGGAAAAGGUAUGGCAGUGGGUGCCACUUGAAGGGCUGCUGGUUCUUGCAUGCUCAUUGUUUGCAGCCAAAGGUUGAUUGAUUGAAACCCAGCUGCCUGUUGCGGCCGAGGCGCCUUGAGAGGGAAUGCUGCUUCCCUCUUGCAUUGGUGGGGCGUUGUGGUCCCUUGGUCCCCUGUAACCUCCUGGUCUGCACUGCUGGUGGAAGACAGCUGUCCCCUUUGUGACCUCGCCAGGGGGGUGGAACCUCUGGCCAGGAUCAUGCCGUGGUGAGGGCUAUGCGGUGGAGGGAGGGAGGAGGGCCGCCUUGGCUCGGGCUUUGCAGAAAGGGAGUGCAGGUGGACCUUCCUCGGGGGAGGGGGAGCAAGCAUGCGUACCAAGGAGAGCUAAGUGGCGGAGGGAAGCGGUGUGGUGCAGGGGAGAGGCAAGAUACCAUUUUGUGCAUUCAUGCAAAAGGGUCAUUGGAUGAAUGGCACUGGAAUGAAGUGAUCCUGGGGAUUUGAUGCCCAGCACGGUUCGUGUCCGAUCCCAAACGAUUUAAAACCAACUGCCUGUUGCGGCCAAGGUACCUUGAGAGGGAACACCCUUUCCAUCUUGCAUUGGUGGGGCGUUGUAGUCCCUCGGCCCCCUAUAACCACCUGAUCUGCACGGCCGGUGGAAGACAGUGGUCCCCUUUACAACCUCGCCAGGCCGGGGGGACGGACAACCUCUGGCCGGGAUCAUGCCACGGUGAGGGCUAAGUGGUGGAAGGAGGGAGGAGGGCUGCCUUGGCUCACCUCACAGCGACGCGUGGAGAGCGCUUGGAGAGCAUGUGGGACCACGUGAGCUGCGUGGCCCCAAAUGCAGGCUGGUAUGAUUGGCACACGCAGGGGAGUUGGGAGGAGGGCACAGAGGCACAUGCUGCGAGAGAGGACGGGGGAACACUUGAUACACUCUGGUGCGCAAGCACAGCGGCGGCAGCUCUUGGACCCAGGCGACCUUCCGAGCGUGGUCUGGUGCACCAUUGCCUCGCCCACCCUGAACAGUGCCUCGUCUCCCCAGCGAGGAAGACGAGGCAUCCACCACUACAACGCCCCAUGACCACGCCAUCUCAGAAUCGCCCCCUUCCCUUUAACUCCAGGUCUCCACCGCUCUUCUUCACAUUUUCUUUCACUAUUAAAAAAAAAACCCAUUCCCAGUGCCUGCCACGUAACCGUUUUUAAGGACUUUUGGAGGAGCUGCGCGGGUUUCAUUAGGUUCACCUCACAAAGUGCACAUCUAAGAGCAGGAUCCAGAUCAAGCCAGUUGAUCAUGACCAAGCAGCAUUGACACAAAUGAGAGAUGACUAAAUUAAUUUCAGUGGGUGGUCCUGACUAACAUCUCUGGAUCCAGCCCUGCAACUACACAACUCCUGCUAAAACUCCACCUCCAUCAUGAGAGGGUUAAACUGUAGACUUCGGGCUCUACUGACAACUUGCCCAGCUCUCCUCUCUUCACCUCCUUUUUGCUUUGCUUUACAUCCAGCCUGAUGAAGAGUGUUGGGGAAUUCAAAAGCUUGCUUGUGUGUUGUUUUUGUUGGCCCCAUGUAGCUUUGAAUUUUUCUAAUGGCCCCAACAUCCCCUCUCCAUUGAGUAAUCCCCCACCCCCACCCUGCACAUACUGAAGACAUACUGGAGACAUAUUUAUUCACCCAGGCUUUUAGAUUCAGGGGUUCUCAACCUUGGGUCCCCAGAUGUUGGUGGACUUCAACUCCCAUAAUCCCCAGUCAUAAUGGCAAAAUGCCAUUGUGGUUGGGGGUUAUGCAAGUUUAAGUCUACCAACAUCUGGGGACCCCAAGUUGAGAACCCCUAAUAUUCCAUGUUUGCAAAAGAUUCCAAAUUUAAUUGUUUUAAUGCUUAUAUUAUUUUAAUUGUGAACUGCCCAGAGAUGAAAGUUUUGGGCAGUAUAGAAGUCUGUCAAAUAGAUAGAUAGAUAGAUAGAUAGAUAGAUAGAUAGAUAGAUAGAUAAACUUAAACUUGAAACCCCUUUACUAACUGCUGGUCCAGGAAACUGCAUAUGAAGAAUGUAGCAGUCCUUGAAACUUUAGAGGUCCUUGACUCCAAAAAGGUUGAGAAACACUGGUCUAGCAUCUCAAAACAUGGAGAUAAGCAUUAGCACUGUUUGCAGACGAAGCUACUGUUAGACACAAAAACAGGGGCAGCAAACAGUUGACAACCACAGUAAAUUAUUACACCAGGAUACACCAUAGUCUGAAGCACUUAGAAGUAUAUCUCAUAGGAACAUACUGUAAGAAGCUGCCAUAUACUGAGUCAGACCAUUGGUCCAUCUAGCUCAGUACUGUCUACACAGACUGGCAGUGGCUUCUCCAAGGUUGCAGGCAGUAUCUUGGAGACGCCAGGAAGGGAACUCGGAACCUUCUGCAUGCAAGCAUGCAGAUGCUCUUCUCAGAAUGGCCCCAUAUCCUAAGGGAAAUUUUUUACAUUGCUCACAUGUAGUCUCCCAUUUAAAUGCAAACCAGUGCAGACCAUGCUUAGCAAAGGGGACAAUUCAUACUUGCUACCACAAGACCAGCUCUCUUCCCAUAUAUUUUGCAUGUUGUUGGGUGAGCUUUGGGGGUUCAUGACAAAAGACAAAGGCAUCAUGUUAGAACUGGUGUUUAUUCUGAAUUACGCUGCCAUUGGGAACAUAUGCUCCAAUCUCUGCAUGUCACAGAGACGUGCGCGCGCUCGUCUCUGUGACAUGUGCGCGCGCGCCAAGGACUCCUGGGAUUUCAAGCAACAUCGGGGAAAGGGAGGCAGGGAGGUGUCCUGCCGCCCCAAUUAUUCUACGGAUUACAGGCGCCAGAGAGGGAAAGCAGCGGGAGGGGUAAGUAAACCCUCCCACCGCUCUUAAAGAGACUCCCCCACACGAACCGGACCGCCCAGGUCCGGACUGGUCUGGUCCGGAGACUAUUUUAAUGGCCUCCGGACCGGUCCGGGCCCAUCCCUAUUUGGCAGAGGAAACUGUAAACAUUUUUUUUUUAAAGAUUCAAAGUUUCAGUUCUGAAAGAUAAGGCAAUGAAAAACACAGCCAUAUUUCCCCCUCAAACCUAACUCCAAUGCAUUUAGCAUAAAGGAUAGACCCACAGCUGCCCUUUCAACAAGAACAACUGUGACAUUUAAACUCACAGGCACAAACCUAGGGAAAACAAUGGUACUCACAUGUUUCCCCCCUAAUAGAGAGUUUUAUAACUGCUUCUCUUGUAAACACGAAGAAAUAUUAUGCUGGAUUAACUAGGGCUUUAUUUAGAAGUAACUCAAUUUUUUCUCCUUCCCCUCCUUUUUCUUUCUGAUUCCGCCCUGCCCCCUCUACGUGAUCUGCACUGGGAUUUGAACCAGCAAGCUCUUGCUGCCUAGGCAAGUUACUUCCCUGCUGAGCCAUUAGGUGGCUUAAGACCCUGGCAAAUAUGUUAAUUUGAAGAGGAAAUCACACUUCCAGGACCAAUCAACCUAACUGCAAAAAUACUUUCCCCCUAUGAUUCCCAUUCAGCUAGUCAUCAAAUUUCAUUAGUACAUGUACCGUAUCCACAACCCCCCUCCCCAAUACAGCCCCAGAACAGAUAUCAGUUAACUCACACUAAUACAGGUCUAGUCUAGAUCUAGAUUUUGAUCUAGUCUUGAUUUAAUUUUUUUUUGCUGCUGACAGUAACAGAAGAGACAGCCCUAUUUGUACUGAAAGCAUGUAAACGGGAGUAUCUGAAUUUUGUAAUAUUGAAUAGACUGGAAUGACAGCAGCACUGGAUUAUUUUUAAUAGGCCAUCUCUUUAAUCUCCUCUCUUAUCUUGCUUAGUCAGUUCUUUUAUAAUUCCUUUCAAUCUCAUUAAGGCUUUCCCCAUUUGAAAGCUUCCGAACAUGUUAUAAAGGCAGAAGACCAUAUUUGUUCUCAAAAAUGAAGUUCCUAUAGGUUUUGUUAGUUGACCAAGACAGUUCCUACUAGUUUUGAAGGAGUGUCAUUUUAAGAAAUACCUCUGUUCCACACACUCCUAAAGCCUGAUGCUGUAGAUCACAUGUAGGCCCCACAAGGCAUCCUACAUACCACAAGUGAGGAUGAAAAGCUAUACGGUAGUUACUGUACUGGUAUAAGACCAAAACGUCUGGGUUGUGAAUGUUCCCAAGCGACUUCACUUGCUUUAAGAACAGGAAUAGCUAAAUUCUGCAUAUUUGGGGACCAUUAUAUUCUACUGACAGGGACCAGAACUUCCCAUUAUAGAUCAAUUGUUCAAACUCUAUAAUAAAGUUGGUAUCACCUACCACAUUGACUUCCCUGUUAUGGAGUAGGGGUGUGCAUGAACCUGUUCGGAGGCCCUUUUAUGGGCCUCCAAACAGGUUCAAACACUGGCCGGUUUGAAUGUUCGGCAGUGGGUGUGUGUGUGUCAGACUUUAAGGGUGGGGGAGGGUGCACUUACUCUUUGCCCCACUUUCCCCCUGCUGGUGCUCGGUUCCUAUAAAUCUUUUGGGACGGUAGCGUACCUCCCUGCCACCUCUUCCCCUCUUCGGCCAGAAGUGGCCAGAAGUAGCAGGUGUGCGGAUUCACGCCAGGCGUGUGAGAAUGCACAUUGUGCACGCGCUCAUCAGAUGGGCUUGUGUGCAAUCAUGACAUCCGUGCGCCCAUGCACCCUGGUACUUUCUAGUCCCAGAUCAUAUGACUCUACUUGCCCUUGCCAGCUGUAUGUAUAUAAGGCACCCCUUCUAAACAUAAUUAACCUAAUUACUUACUUCAGCACAGCUUUUAAUCAGGAUUUGACUUACUUUACCUGUUUCUUAUUUGUGAUUCCCCCCACUCAGUUAUUCUAGACACAACUACAGAACACAUCCCAAAUCCUCAGUAGAAUGUUCAGAACUGUAUAAGGAACACAGCCUACUUGGAUUUGAACAGUUCAUCUUUAACCAUUGGGUCAUGGUCAUUGUUGUCGUCAUCAUUAUCUCCCUUUAUUUAUGGAAUCUGUGGGGUUUGUUUUUGUGGAAUUUGUGGAAUUGCCACAAGAUGUGGUGAAGCCCAUUAACUGGGAUGAUUGUAAAGGGAGAUGAGAUAAAUUAGUAGAAGAUAGGUCUGCCAGUGACUGCUAGACAUCAUGGUUAAAUGGAACCUUCAUGUUCAGAGGAAGAAUACAACUUAAUGCCAGUUGCUGAGGGGAAGAGCUAUUGUUUCCCCCUUCUUGUGAGGUUCCCAUUGGCACUGCUGAAGCAGGUGGGGUUUUGGUUUGAUGGUCCCUCCCUCACUCUCUGACAGCAUCUGGAACAAUUAAUUGGCAACACAGACAAAAGAGUCUAUGGUUUUAAGUAGAUUAGCUACUUAACAGAUGGAGCAAUGACUAACUGCAAGUGAAGGAAACAAUUCUCCCUUUGUUGCAGUCCAUUAAAAGCAAGCAUUUCAUUUUUAUUUUUUUUUUUGUUUGCCAACACAGCUGCCCUGGUUUAUAGGCACAGGAAUAUAUUUACACUGCUGCAUCUGUGACUCAGUGCCUUGGCCCAUGAUUCCUACUCAACACUGGCAAAUGCAGUCUUGCAUGUGGCCUGAGGUUCCAGAAGAAGCAGGCAUCUAGUAUUUUUCUGAUCGGAUCUGAAAUGUGGUUACUGUUCACAAGAGAAGAACAAUAAGGGCAAACAAAUGACAGCGUGGAGAUUUAAGGGAUUUCUGUAAUUGCAAGGAACAGCAGAUUACAUUUCCAAGUUUGGCUUCCAAGGACAGAGAUGAAAGUAUAGAUAGAGUAGAAGAUGGUGAAAGCAGCAAAUUGAACUGUGAAAGGGAAAAGGAAAAGGACAUGCUGAACAAAGAAAACAAGGACCAUGAGAACAGAUAUAAAGAUAAGAAGAAAAAUAAAGAUGAAGUGAAGAAAAUAGUAGUAGCCAUAUAUAUUGCUGUCUAGAGCAAACAGCUAUCACCUUUUGGGGAGGAAUUUGCUUGGGCAUUAUCCAUCCAAAGGAGAAAAAAGAAAUAUUGGUUAUUGAUCCAUCAGGAAAUUUGUAUUACAACUGGCUGUUUUGCAUCACACUGCCUGUCAUGUACAACUGGAUAAUGAUCAUUGCUAGAGCCUGUUUUGAUGAACUUCAGAGUAACUAUUUAAAAAUAUGGUUCAUUUUUGAUUAUAUAUCAGAUAUUCUCUAUGUUGCUGACAUGUUAGUACGAACAAGAACAGGUUACCUGGAACAAGGUUUGUUGGUGAAAGAAGAACUUAAACUUAAGAAAAAAUAUAAAGGAACUGUACAAUUUAAAUUAGAUGUACUGUCCAUCAUACCAACUGAUCUACUUUACUUUAAGUUAGGGCUGAACUACCCAGAAAUAAGAAUAAAUAGAUUACUUAGAGUAUCACGUAUGUUUGAAUUCUGCCAGCAAACAGAAACAAGAACAAGCUACCCAAAUAUCUUCAGAAUCUCUAAUCUUGUGAUGUAUAUUAUAAUUAUUAUUCAUUGGAAUGCAUGUAUGUACUUUUCAAUCUCCAAAGCCAUUGGUUUUGGUACAGAUACAUGGGUUUAUCCCAACAUUGCCCAUCCUGAAUUUGGCCAGCUUACUAGAAAAUAUGUAUACAGUCUUUACUGGUCAACACUGACCUUGACAACAAUUGGUGAAACCCCUCCUCCUGUGAGAGAUGCUGAGUACUUCUUUGUCGUUGUUGACUUCUUAGUUGGUGUACUAAUUUUUGCUACCAUUGUUGGUAAUAUUGGUUCUAUGAUUUCUAACAUGAAUGCUGCCAGGGCAGAAUUUCAAGCACGGAUUGAUGCUAUCAAGCAGUACAUGCAGUUUCGGAAUGUGAGCAAAGAUUUAGAAAAAAGAGUUAUUAAAUGGUUUGAUUAUUUGUGGACAAAUAAGAAAGCAGUGGAUGAAAGAGAAGUCUUGAAGUAUCUUCCAGAUAAAUUACGAGCAGAGAUUGCCAUCAAUGUUCAUUUGGAAACAUUAAAGAAAGUCCGCAUUUUUGCAGAUUGUGAAGCUGGCCUAUUGAUUGAACUGGUCUUGAAACUACAGCCUCAGGUGUACAGUCCUGGAGAUUAUGUGUGCCGGAAAGGUGAUAUUGGGCGAGAAAUGUACAUUAUCAAAGAAGGCAAACUUGCAGUCGUAGCUGAUGAUGGAGUCACUCAAUAUGUGGUUCUAAGUGAUGGCAGCUACUUUGGGGAGAUUAGCAUUCUUAACAUUAAAGGUAGCAAAGCUGGAAAUCGGAGGACAGCCAACAUUAGAAGCAUUGGCUAUUCUGAUUUGUUUUGUUUGUUUAAAGAUGACCUAAUGGAGGCUUUAACAGAAUAUCCAGAUGCAAAGACCUUGCUGGAAGAGAAAGGAAGGCAAAUCCUUAUGAAAGAUGGAUUAUUGGAUUUAGAUGUUGCAAAUGCAGGAAAAGAUCCUAAAGAUAUCGAGGAAAAGAUCAACCACAUAGAAAUAAUACUAGACAAUUUGCAAACAAGGUUUGCCAGGCUCUUGGCUGAAUAUGGUGCUGCACAGCAGAAACUGAAGACAAGGCUAACUCAAGUUGAGAACAUCCUAAAAUCACCUCUGGAGUUUGAUUUAUCAGAUUUAGAAGAAACUGAAAGAGUCUGUGGUCAGUAAAGAGUGAGAAUACUAGAAAUAAUAGGUCAGCAAUUAAAGUGAUUCAACAAGGUGAUGAGUAUAUCUUCCAAAUAAUUAACCAGGUAACAAAUACUAUAUAAACAGAUGGCUCAACCACCAUUCCAAAUUUGAAUAUUUUUGUUAAAAACAACUUUUAAUAAUGCAACCUCUCAUUUGCUGUUGUGCAAUAAAUAUAGGCUAAAAUUAUAGGCAAAAUGAAAGAAGAGAAAGUAAUUUUAAUGCAACUAUGAUAUAAUGUACAGAUUGUAUUUAAGAUUUGUGGAGUGUGGAUACACUUAGAUUGUUUGUGAUUUUAUUUUGGUGACAACAUCACAAUAUAAAUCUACAAACAAUACAUUUGUUUAUUUCCUAAAUUGAUUUUUAUUUCUCAGUUACACUGUAUACCUUUAUAUGCAUAUUUCUUUUGGGAAAUUUGGUUUCAUAAUUUAAUGACACAACUCUAAAUAUUAGACAAUCUCAUCUAUCCAAAUGAAGUGCUGGUCAUAAUUUUUUUUUUAGGAUAAUCAGACAUCUGAGUAAAUAAGAGUGCUAUGAUUGAUCUUCCUACAAUUAUCUUGAACACUGUAUUUGGAUAAUCAAGCCUGGAAUAAGGAGGAUGCUACCAUUUACUUAUGUUACUAACACUGAUAAGUCUUCUGCUUCUAGUUAAAAUUGUCUAUACUAGCAUUCAUCUGAGGGUCAGGCUUGAUGUAUGUGGUCACAUAUCCAAUAAAGUUUGAACUGAAAGAGGAAUGAGACAGGGAUGACUGUUGGCAAAUUUUCAAGUUUAACUUUAGCAGUAUUGUAAAACAACCAAAGAAUCUAACUUUUAGGAACAUAGGAAACUGCCAUAUACUGAGUCAGACCAUUGGUCUAUCUAGCUCAGUAUUGUCUGCACAGACUGGCUUUGUUUAUCUCAGUCCGCAAGUGGCUGUAUUAAUUUAUGCAGCAGAAACGGGUCUCCAGUCACAAAUAAGGCAGAGGCACCUGUUUAAAAAGCUUGAUGCCUUUGUAAUACAAAUAAUUUAACUAUCAAUUACAGUACAGGUCAACUUAGAUAGACAUUAAACAAGUCCUUUAAUCCUGAGCUUCGGAACACCCUAUUUUUUUUUUUUUACCCAAACCUAACUGCCUAAGCCUUGCUUGUGCUGUUUUCCCCACUGAAAAUUAAUACCCUCAAGGUGCUAUUUAAAUAGCAAGUUGAAAGAUGGAUGGUCAAAGGGAAACGGCAUGCUGAGGUGCUGAUCUGGAUCAGGGGCUCUUGCAGCUGCUGUUAGGGUUUUUUUAAAAAAGAAGCAAAUCUCAAGAAGUGAUGUGUCUUUGAAGAGAUGAAGAAAUGUGUCUUUGAAGAGAUUCAAAGACACAUUUAAUAUCAAAUGUUUGAUCCUUGCUAGCAUGUGACAAAAGACUCAGCUAGAAAUGGACUGUGCAUGCUUUUAAUAUUCUACUGGCACAAUCAUGCCAGUAUAGUUAAGACAGAGUAGUUUCAACAUUCCACCAUUAUAAGCCCUGAACAUUCUUGUGCUUAUAAAAUCAAAUUUGUCCAAUCUGAGUGGCCAUCAGCACACAUUCACUAGGUGAGAAGAGACACCUCCCCUGCAAAUUUGGGGAAGAUCUGUUGAAAAAAUAGAACAGUUUAAAGUUUUCCUCUUUUGAACAGGGAUUUAAAGGGUUUGUGAUGUUCUUUUGGACUGAGGAAGUGGUAUUUAAAUGAUUUUGUAGUCUAUUGGCAUAGUUUCAGCUUUUAGACUGCAUGCCAAAAAGUGCCUUUUGUAUAUCCCUCUGCGACCCAAUUGAUGGUUAUUUCACAAUUGAUCCUCAAAGUUGAGUUUUAAGAGGCUGAAAAAUGCAUCUUUACUGUUAAAAUAAUCUGUGCAGUAGGACUUUUGAAGUUGUGGUGCCCACAGCAUUGCCCACAACCAGUAUGGUAGUCAGCAUCUUCCCUGUCUGAGCCUUGUGAGCACAGCCCUUCAGUUUCCUUCCCUGCCCUCUUCUUUCCUUCUCCUAUUGCAGCUAUACCUUUUAAUACUGCUCCUUUGUCUUAGAAAAAAUGCUGUUCAACUCUGGUCAUUGGUUACUCCAUGUUUCUUCAAAACCAUGUGUGUUUUGUCCUGACCUCCAGCCCAAACCAGUGCACUGCUCUGUGCAGCCAGAUGUAAGUGGGAGGCGGGGGGCGGAGGGGGUAGGAGAUGCACUCGGUUUAGCUCUGCUGCAAAGGCCUCCUCUGGGCUGCAGUGUGUGUGAGGCUGGGGUGGAGGAUGGCUGCAGUGUGUGUGUGUGUGUGUGUGUGUGAAUGGCUAUGUCACUUGUGUACAUUUACACUUGUGUACAUUUUGCUGAUAAUACCAUCCUGAAGGAAAUUAAACCAAGCAGGAGAACUGCUUGUAUAGGAAAUCUCUGGGAAGAUAAUAUGUAGUUUUGGACACAGUUAAAGCAUUUGUUAUUUUUAAUUAUCAUAGUUUGUAUGUGUGUUUUAGAAAAAUGAAGGACAGAUUUAAAGUGAAA